GACACGUGACGCAAUUGGAAGGGCCAUAUACUUUGCAAACUGAAUUGAAGCACCAAAGUAGAACGCGGUUACAAGUUUAGAGGCCACUACCGUAAUUAACCCUAAAUCAUAAUUGGACUACUAAAAACUGCUUUACUCUGAUUUUAUGUUCUAAAAAUAUAAACACAUUCAUCCUCUCUACCCUAAGGCAAUCCAAGCAAAAGCACAACGAAGCAACUACGUGUGCCGUAUGGUGUCUAGUUGCAAGCAAACGGUUCAAAUGGAAACAUAUUACGAUCUAAUAACAUUUUCUUUAGUUGUGAAUGAGAGGUCUCGUGUCCAACAUCCCACCUCUUAGAUUCUCAUGAUCUUUGUAAUAAUAAAAUAAAAUAAGAAAGUUGCCAAGGGUCUGGCCCAGUCAAUGCAGUCGGGCUCGCCCCAAAAAGAAAGAGUUCAAAGCAUGCUUCCCGCCAGUCCUCUGUUUCUCCCGCGCCCUUCACUUCUAGUUUCUCUCUCCUCAAAGUGAAGACCACACGAUUCAGAUCUGAGAGAGAGAGAGAGAGAGAGAGAGAGACUGAGAGAUGUUUGGGAGGAUAAGAGCGUCGUCUUGCCCGGCGGAGAGCUUGGAGAGACCGCCGUCCAAGAUUCUCAAAGACGAUUCUCUUUCUAUAUACGAGUCUACACUUUUGAAGCUCAAAUUAGGUGCUAAACGCAAUUUAAGUCCAUGCUCUAAUGAGGCAGGGGAGACAGAUGCCGGUUCUACUUCAAGCUCUCCCGAUUCAGAGCCAAUGAAGAUAGAUGCGAAUUGUGCUUCUUCUGCUGGCACUUCACCGGGUUGUAUUGAAGCCGCCAGCUCUCCUCAAGAGGAGUUUAUGACACUAGACACGGAUUGUUCCUCACCAAGAAGUUCGACGAGUUUCAGUGAUUGUCAUUCGACAGGCACCUUGAAACAGCAACGGAGCACAAACGUUUCAGUUUUCUACCUCUUUUCAAAAUUUAAGAGGGCUCAAGAAGCAAACUGCUCAUCCUCUGGGGAUACAACGAUGACAGAGAAUGCAAGUAUUUCUCCAAGUUCUAGCGGUUGCCAAUCUUUUAACAGCACAGAACAUUCGGAACAGGAAUGUAGGAACUCUUUACCUGCUAGUUGCGCCUAAUUUCGCACUGGCGAUUUGUCGUGGUCUUUAUCUACGUUGUUUGUUGAAGAAAAUUGCAAACGGAGGGCAUGAUCAUGCACGAUCAGUGUCAAGCCGAUUAAGUGUUGUAACUUUAUAAACCCAAUUGAGGGAUGAAUAAUGUUUAUGUAUUUGGAAUCAUAUUGUGAUUCAUCAUUUAGUUUGAAAGAAUGAGAGGUACAACGCC